CGACAAUGUCGGGCUCUUCUACUCGAGGAUGAAGAUGAGCGGAGCGCCCAUGGCGGCGGCCUUCCGACCAGCGGCGCAACACCUCGUCGCCCCAUGCGACGACGCCCCUUCUCACUCCCGCUGCUCAAGCAGCUUUCGCCAGCGCCCUGCGCCUCUGCCGCCCUAUAAGAUCCCGUCCCCGCAUCACCAUACGUUCCAGGAUUAGGUCGCCAAGAUCUAGAUUCGAGCCAGUGGAGCUGAAUAUGUAUACGACUGACUGGUCCUUGUAGAGCUCCGCCGCAGGUAGCUCAUAGAGUCGUGGUCAUCAGCCGUACUGUCCGACGCUCACUGCCGCCGACAUGCGCCUCACCCACGAGCUAUGGCGGGUCAGCGGCGGCCGAGAGGACGGCCUCGUCAUUGAGUACAGGAUUAUACGGAACCGUGUGGAGAGCUAUACGGAAUUCUUAUGCUCACCUACCAAUUAUACGCGUGUAACCGUGUGGAGAAUCACUACACAGAAUUGACAAGCGCAAGCGCAAGCGGGGCCUGGACCCUGGAUAUUUUCGCGGUUGACAAGUCUGUGGCCGCCAACGAUGACCAACUGAUGCCAUGGCCUGGUCAACGGACCCAUCCCAGAGCAGUAUAGGUACCAUUCACCAUUAAUCUCAGUCAGGCGAGAGAGAGGGGGAACGCCAAGCAAGAACGAUGAGGCGACGACAUGAGCUGCUGGUCUCGCCGUCUUGUUGCUUGAUCGGCCUUGUGCUGCUGCUGCUCGCGCUGUCUGCUCGAGCUCAGCGGCAAGCACAGACAGGUCCGUCUGAAGUGGCCGCGCUGAACACCAUCUUCUCACGGUGGGGCCUGCGGGCGUCCACGGCGUGGAACAUCAGCGGCGAGCCUUGCAGCGGUGCCGCCAUCAACGAAACCGCCAUGGAUUCAGACAACGAAUUCAAUCCGGCCAUUAACUGCGUCUGCUCCUACAACAUCAGCACCGUCUGCCACAUCACCAGGCUGAGAGUAUAUGCACUAGAUGUGGUUGGUCAGAUUCCCGCGGAACUGCUAAAUUUAACUUACCUGACAGUACUGGAUUUAUCCCAGAAUUACUUGACAGGAUCUUUGCCAGCAUUUCUUGGAAAGCUGACUCGGUUGCAAUAUCUAAGUUUGAGUAUCAAUGCAUUAACUGGAGUUUUACCGAGCGAGCUGGGUAACCUCAAGAAUCGCAUUUCUCUGUAUAUCGAUAGUUGUUGUUUAAGUGGAGAGCUACCAUCUUCCUUUUCCAAACUUAAGAUCCUGAAAUCCCUAUGGGCAUCAGAUAAUGGGUUUACUGGGAAGAUACCUGAUUACAUUGGAAGCUUAUCAAAUUUGCAGGAUCUGAGACUCCAUGGAAAUAACUUUGACGGUCCCAUUCCUGCAAGUUUUUCUAAUCUUAUCAACUUGACAAAUUUGAGAAUUGGUGAUUUAACGGGAGAGCUGUCUUCAUUGGCUUUUGUGGUUAACAUGACGUCGUUGUAUACUCUAGAUCUGAGAAACUCCAGGAUAUCUGACAACCUUGCUUCAGUGGACUUCUCAAAAUUUGUUAACCUCAAUUAUCUGGACUUGAGUUUUAACAGCAUCACAGGCAAAGUUACUCCAAACCUUCUGAACCUGAAUCCCCUCGAAUUCCUAUUUCUUGGGAGUAAUAACCUCUCUGGGAUCCUACCAGAUAUGAUUAGCCCUUCACUUACUACUAUUGAUCUGUCAUACAAUAUGCUCUCAGGAAGAUACCCUUCUUGGGUUAACAUGAAUAACUUACAUGUGAAUUUGGUGUGGAACAACUUUGGGAUAGAUAACUCGAACAACAGUAUUUUGCCUUCAGGACUAAAUUGUCUUCAGCGAGAUACUCCAUGUUUUGAUUCUCCAUCUUAUUCCUCCUUUGCGGUAGACUCUGGUGGUUCGAGACCCAUCAGAGGCUCAGACAACUCCAUUUACGAACCUGAUGAUGCCAGUCUUCCAGUUGCAUCAUACUAUGUUACGAACUCAACGAGAUGGGGCGUUAGCAACAUCGGGAGAUUCAUGGACUCGUCUAAUGGGAGUUAUAUAAUAUACACUUCUCGCCGGUUUACCAACACACUUGAUUCUGAACUAUUUCAGACAGCCAGAAUGUCACCCUCUUCAUUGAGAUACUACGGCAUUGGGCUCAAGAAUGGCAUGUACAGCGUUGUACUUCAAUUUGCAGAGAUUUUUUUCCCAGAUGACCAGACAUGGAAAAGCAUGGGAAAGAGGAUUUUCAAUAUAUAUAUCCAGGGAGAUCUUAAAGAAACAGAUUUCGAUAUAAAGAAACAAACAAAUGGAAAAUCUUAUACUGCUGUUCAAAGACAGUACACUGUUGAAGUAACGAAUAAUUUCAUUGAUAUUCAUCUCUUUUGGGCUGGAAAGGGCACUUGUUGCAUUCCUGACCAAGGGUUCUAUGGGCCAUCGAUAUCAGCAUUAAGCGUAUCUUCUUAUGAUGGCAACGGUGAAGGGGAUCCUGGUUCACAGAGAAACAGCACUACCAGUAGAACAGGUUUGGUUGUUGGAGUUGUAGUCUGUGUUGCGAUUUUAGGAUUUCUAGCACUCGCUGGGGCCUUUGUUUGGAGGCAGAAAAGAAGAAGGCUAGAGGUGGAAAUGGAAGAGCUGUUCAGUAUAGUUGGAAGGCCUAACGUCUUCAGUUACGGUGAAAUAAAGUCUGCUACUGACAGUUUUAGUGAUAGCAACAUUCUCGGAAGAGGGGGAUAUGGACCUGUUUACAAGGGUAAGCUACUUGAUGGGAGGAUUGUAGCUGUAAAGCAGCUGUCUUCUACAUCUCAUCAAGGGAAAAAAGAGUUCAUGACAGAAAUUGCAACCAUAUCUGCGGUGCAGCAUCGAAACCUCGUGAAGCUGCACGGUUGUUGCAUCGACAGUAAGACACCACUUUUGGUCUAUGAGUAUCUGGAACAAGGGAGCCUCGAUCAAGCAAUUUUUGGCAAGACAGACUUGAACCUGGAUUGGAGAACGCGCUUCGAGAUAUGCAUAGGCAUUGCAAGAGGUCUCGCAUACCUCCAUGAGGAGUCCAGCAUGCGGAUAGUCCACAGGGACAUCAAAGCCAGCAAUGUCUUGCUCGACGCUGAUCUCAACCCUAAGAUCUCUGACUUCGGGCUGGCCAGGCAUUACAAGGACAGCAUGACGCAUCUCAACACCGGAGUAGCUGGCACGCUUGGUUAUCUAGCACCCGAGUACGCCAUGAUGGGACACCUGAUGGAAAAGGCCGACGUUUUUGCGUUCGGCGUCGUGGCACUGGAGAUCAUCGCUGGACGACGGAACUUCGAUGACAGCCUCGAGGAAGAUGAGAAGUAUCUUCUUGGAUGUGCCUGGCAUCUGCAUGAGAGCCAACGGACACUUGAACUGUUGGACAGUAAACUCAUUGAAUUCGAUGAGGAAGAGGCCGCGCGACUCAUCAAUGUCGCUCUUCUUUGCACGAUGGGCCUGCCUCAGCGACGCCCACCAAUGUCCAAGGUCGUGUCCAUGCUCACGGAAGACAUUGAGGUGACUGACGUGGACACAACCAUGAGGCCCAGCUACGUCCCUGAAUGGCAGCUCAGGAGCUUCAGCAGCAGUUACGUCUCAGGGUCGGGGUCGUCGGCUCAGCAGUCCUCCGGCAGUCAAAUCAGCGCGCCGUCCAGCUCGAGCAAGAAGCCCGGGAUCCACAGGGACACCUCACCGCUGGCUUUGUCGCGUUGUUCUAGUGGCGGGAUCGAAGAGGGAGCAUGAAUGCCCGGAGUAAAUUGCAGAAAACCACCAUAAUUGGGGACCCUAAUUCACAAAACCACCACCUUUCGGUUUUUUUUCAAAAACACACCGCCAUUGUACUGACAGUUUUCAGAAAACGCUAAUCGCUCAAUCAAAACUGUUUAAG